UCUGUGAGUAACGAUCGCUCAUACUUUAACCAUAAUCAUUUUGGUCCCUCAGAGUGAUCGCUAAUUAACUCACUGAUCAACGUAGUGAAUGUUGCCCUUGCGAGAGAAGGAGACAAAGGCGACAGCUCAACUUGGAAACCCCGGCACUACCCCUCUUGAAGCUCCAAGAUACUUUUCCGACGAAUAGUGACUCCGCGCUUUGCGCGAUGGGCAAUUGCUCCAACAAGACCAAGACCAAGACAAAAUCCAAGAUUAUUUAGCAUGGCGUCGAAUCCAGCACAAAAUACGCCUGCUCCGCAGCAAGCAGCCAACCCUACCCCUCCAGCCGAAAAUGAAACCGUGAAAAGCGUGGCCAUUGGAGCCCCGGGGGCCCAAAAGGAGAAAUCUGAAAGAGAACUCGAGAAGGAACGGAAAAAGGCGGAGAAGAUGAAGAAAUUCGCUGAAAAGAAAGCCAAAUCUGGCUCCGCCACUCCAACCGCUGCGCCCAAAACGUCUGAGAAGAAACCCAAAGUCGAGAAGGAGAAGAAUGCCGACGCAUAUGAUCCCCAUACGAUCGAGUCUGGGAGGUAUGAGUGGUGGGAGAAGCAAGGCUUUUUCAAACCGGAGUUUGGACCGGAUGGAAAUGUCAAGGAAAAGGGGAAAUUCGUCAUUCCCAUCCCGCCGCCAAACGUUACAGGGGACCUACAUAUGGGUCACGGUUUGACCAAUGCUCUUCAGGAUACGAUGAUCCGCUGGCAGCGGAUGAAGGGAAAGACCGUCCUUUGGCUUCCAGGCUACGACCAUGCUGGAAUAUCGACCCAGAGCGUUGUGGAGAAAAUUCUGUGGAAGACUGAAGGCAAGAGCCGCCACGAUGUGGGAAGGGAGGCUAUGACUAACAUGAUCUGGGACUGGACGCACAAGUAUCAUGAUAGCAUUACCACGACCCUGAAAAGGCUAGGAGGUUCCUUCGAUUGGACUAGGGAGGCCUUUACUAUGGAUGAGAACCUGUCUGCUGCAGUGACGGAGACGUUCGUUCGCCUGCAUGAGGAAGGGACUAUAUACCGCGCAAACCGCCUCGUCAACUGGUGUGUGGCCUUGAAUACCUCGCUGUCUAACCUUGAGGUGGAAAAUAAAGAGCUUGAGGGCCGCACGUUACUCGAUGUCCCAGGAUAUCAGAGGAAGGUGGAGUUUGGUGUCUUGACCCAUUUCUUGUACCCGAUUGAUGGCACGGAUGAAACCAUCCAGGUUGCAACCACUCGUCCAGAAACCAUGCUUGGUGAUACUGGGAUUGCAGUCCAUCCUGAUGACAAACGAUAUCAAAAAUACGUAGGCAAAUUCGCGAAGCAUCCUUUCCUGGAUCGAUUGCUUCCAAUUUUUGCUGACAACCAGGUCGACCCUGAAUUCGGUACUGGUGCUGUCAAAAUCACCCCGGCCCAUGACUUCAACGAUUUUAUCCGCGGAAAAGAUAAUAAGCUGGAGUUCAUUUCCAUUAUGAAUGACGACGGUACUUUCAAUGCCAACGCUGGCCCCUUUGCAGGUGUGAAGCGAUUUGACGCAAGAUAUAAGGUCAUUGAAGCACUGAAGGAAAAGGGCCUGUACGUUAAAUGGGAGAAUAACCCAAUGAAGGUACCCAUGUGUGCCAAGUCCAACGAUGUCAUUGAACCGAUUUUGAAACCACAGUGGUGGAUGAGCAUGAAGGAUCUCACUGGUCCCGCAAUCAAGGCUGUCGAAAGUGGAGAAAUAAUAAUUCGCCCCGAAACCGCCGAGAAGAGCUAUUUCCGCUGGAUGAAUAACAUUAAUGACUGGUGUCUAUCCCGCCAACUUUGGUGGGGUCACCAAGCCCCUGCUUACUUCGUCCAGCUUGAAGGUGAGCAUGGCGAUGACAGCGACGGCAAUCUUUGGGUAGUUGGCCGCACGGAGGUUGAGGCGCAGCAGAAAGCUGAGGCCAAAUUCGUUGGGAAAAAAUUCACGCUCAAGAGGGAUCCUGACGUACUAGAUACAUGGUUUUCCUCUGGUCUCUGGCCUUUUUCCACCCUGGGUUGGCCCAAGAAUACCCCUGAUUUUGAGAGGUUGUACCCUACCUCUGUGCUCGAGACUGGUUGGGAUAUUCUCUUCUUCUGGGUUGCUAGGAUGAUCAUGCUUGGUCUCAAGAUGACGGGCAAGGUUCCAUUUACCGAAGUGUACUGCCACUCGUUAAUUCGAGACUCUGAGGGAAGGAAAAUGUCCAAGUCGCUGGGUAACGUGGUAAAUCCUAUCGAUGUUAUCGAGGGCAUUGAGUUGCAAGUCCUACAUGACAAACUGAAGCACGGCAAUCUGGCCGAGAAAGAGAUCGCUGCGGCCACGAGAUAUCAAAAGAAGGCGUUCCCCAAGGGUAUUCCUGAGUGUGGAACUGAUGCUCUUCGAUUUGCACUUGUCUCUUAUACCACCGGCGGCGGUGAUAUCAAUUUUGAUAUCCAGGUCAUCCACGGCUACCGUAGAUUCUGCAACAAGAUCUAUCAAGCUACGAGAUACGUUCUCGGUAAGCUAGGCGAAGAUUUCAAACCCCAGGCCACUCCCUCCAAAACCGGCAAAGAAUCGCUCUCCGAACGCUGGAUCCUUCAUAAAUUCAAUAGCGCCGCUAAACUCGCCAACGAGAACCUGGAAAGCCGUGAUUUCUCUGUCGCAGCCUCAGUCCUCUACCAAUACUGGUAUAGCCAGCUUUGUGACGUCUUUAUCGAAAAUUCUAAAUCCCUUCUCCAAGCCGACGUCCCUGCUGAAGUCCAACAGUCUGCCAAGGAGACUCUGUAUACCGCUCUCGAGGGCGCAUUAACCCUGAUUCACCCCAUCAUGCCAUUCGUCACCGAAGAGCUCUGGCAACGUCUCCCCCGCCGCCCUAAUGACGACACGCCGUCGAUCAUGAAAGCAGCGUACCCGGAAUACAACCCAGCAUUCGACGACGUUGCCGCUGAAACAGCCUACGAGCUCAUCCUCGCCACGUCCAAGACAAUCCGCAGUAUCCUUUCCGAGUACGAGGUCAAGACCAAGAGCGACAUCAAAAUCCAAACCUACGACGCGACAAGCUACAAGACCGUCUCCGAUGAAGUGCACCUCAUAAAGUCCCUAGGUGGCAAGUAUGUAGGCGAGAUUGCUGUUCUCGAUCCGGAGAGUCAGACUCCCCCUCCCGGCUGUGUGCCCUCUGUCGUGAGUGCGCAGGCUGCUGUUUACCUCCAGGUCUCUGAUGAAGUGCGUUUGGAGCAAGAGGAGAAGGCCAAGGUGAGUCUUGCUAAGGCUCAGGAGGCUGUUAAGAGGCAGUUGGGGAUUAUGGGGUCAGCUGGGUGGAAGGAGAAGGUCAAGCCAGAAGUUAGAGCGUUGGAAGAGAAAAAGUUGCGGGAUGCGGAGAUUGAGGCGGCGAGACUUGAGGAGCAUAUUAAGGGGUUGGAGAAGCUGAAGAUUUGAAGAUUUGAUCUUUACGGACUUUAUUUUGAUAUACGGGUUCUUUUUGUUGGCUUUUUGGUGGAUGGAUGACGAUGGUGCGACACAGUGACAUAAAGGUAUAAAGAAAGAAAGACGUAGUGUUUGGUAAAAUCAUAUAUUGCUUGCUGAUUUUCUUCUCUACAUCGCUACACCUUAUAGGUUGCUGUCUUUAUUGUGGUUUCUCUAUAUGUCGAUACAUCCAGAUUUGCUCUCAGUAUACUGCAGCGGCUGUGUAUUGUGCCUGGAAUAUGAUAUGAUCCUCAACUAACUUAAUGUAUGAAGUACUGUAUGCACAUGUCCUUGCAUUAGCGUACUCUAUAAGCUACAUCAUGCGUGCGUCAAGGUGGAAGGAGUAUUCAUCCUUUUUGAGCCCCACUCUAUAUAUCCUCACAUCAUCAACCAACAGACUACAUGUAUCUAGUUUCCUUUACUCUUCAAACGCCAGAAAGUUGCCAUGAAUUAUCCCCACCCUCUUUCAAUCAGCAUGUUCCAUCUUCACACAAAUGUGCGGGGUUAUUUUUAGUAUGCGCGUCAUUAUGUGCGUUUAGAUAGCUGGGAAGCUAUGUAGGGGUAGUUAGGUUAUGUGCCAGCAAAAAGAAAAAAGAAAAAAAAAUCAUGAAUGUUUACACCCCGGCCACCACUUUCUUGUCGACUCUAAACUUUGAGCAAGAGCUUUCAAUGAAGGCUGCCAAUGCAAAGCAGUUUUUUCCGCGUGAUUAUAACCUGGCUACACAGUCAGGAACUCCCGAGAUGUCUUGCUUUGGGAUUCCUUGGAAGUUCCGCCUCUGGAUGAUACCGUAGAGUAAGCUUUCCGGAACUAAAUGUGAAGCCUACUACUACUAUCUGUUCAGGACACUCGAUCACAUGCGGCAUAUAGAAAUCAUGUUGCAUGAGAAAGGCGGGGAGGACGCCGAGUCAAGCGGAUGCCAGUAUUCUAAAUAAAGGGUAUAAACUUGGAAUAUUACAACGAAUGCCUGAUUCAGCAUCCUUACUCUAUACUAGCCAGCUAUCAGAACUUAUUCUAAUACUCGCAAGAAGUAAGAGGAUAUUCAAAGUUAUUUAUGUAUUUAACGUAGCAAGA